CGGGGUUUGGCGGUAGUGACAAUGCCAGUGCCUCGCGGGCCAGUUGGAGUCGAGAGCGACGACGGGAUCGAGAAGUGAGAGAGGACGAGCUGUGCGCCAGCCGAUCCUGGCUCCGGCCGAUCGCGUAGUGUCUAGUGCGACGAGAUGACGGGUGCGCGGAUGAGACCCGCGCUCGUCGUGGGCCUCCUCCUCAGCUUUCUAGCCGUUGCCCUACGAGGAGUGCAAUGCGAAGACGAACAGAUACCAUCCGAGGACCUAUGUCGACCGUAUAUCGAGAAGGCGCUGAAGGAUCUCGGCACAGGAUCUUUGGAGACCAGUGCAGAGGUCGGAACUGAGCUCGACCAAGAAAGUCAUGAAGAAGCGUCACCUGCGAGCGAGGAAACUGGCGAGGCAGCAGACGAUGCUUCGAAAGAAGAAACCAAAAACGAGGAAUUAGUAGAGGAAAGCGCGGAAGAGACUGCCGACGAAAGCAAGGAAGUGACCGAAGAACAAGCCGACGCUAGCGAAGAAAAACAGGAAGCUGUGACUGACGAAAGUGCUGAAGUUAGCAACAUUCAAGAAGAAGAAGAAAAGAAAGCUGAGGAAGCGUCCGCUGAAAGCGAUGGAGAACAAAUCGACUCCUCCGAAAAAUUAACGGAAAGCAAAGAGGUGAGAAGUGAAGAAGACGAACAGAAGUCCGACGAAGAAAUAGAAGUAGAAGAUGAAAAGUCCAAGGAGGAGAAAGUAAACGACGAAGCGAAGUCCGAAGAAGAAAAAGAAAUCGAAGACUCGAAAGCUGAAGACGAGGAACAAGAAGAGUCCAAAGAAGCCACUGAAGGAGUAGAGGAUGAGUCUGAGAAAGAGGUCGAAGAACAGCAAACAUCCACAGAAGCUAGCGUUGAAGAGGAAGAAAAUGACAGUAAAGCCAAGGAGAGCGCCGAGGCGAUCGAAGAUCAAACGGUAAACAGUGAAGAUGACACCGAGGAAGAAGAGCAGAAUAAAAGUACCGAAAAUGAAGGUGAAGAAAAAGAAAAAGAGGGUGCAGAAGAUCCCGAAACAGUAAGUUCCGAAAACAUAGAAGAGAAAACAAAGUCGACAGAGGAAGAAACGGAAACAAAAUCUACCGAAGCGCAAGAGGAACCACCAGCAAAAGAGGAGAAAUCAAAGGAGGAAGAAGAGGCGAAAUCCGUAGAAGAGGAUGCAAAAUCUGACGAAGAAGAAAAUGAAGAUGAAAAAUCGCGCGACAAACGAGAAGUCGAAAGCGAGGAAGCUGUUGAAGCAGAUGGCGAAUCUGAAGAAGCUAUUAGUGAGGAAGAACAAGAACCUACACCAGAAGAGGAUCUGAUUCAAGAAAUUGAAAUUCCGGAGAACCUUCGGCCAAGAGAUCACAUCAAUCAAUUGCUAAAACUGGACGAAGAGAAUGAAGAAAAGGAGCGAGCGAUACAAAGAGCGGCUGACAUUAUUCUUAGGGAUCUGAAGAGGCUCUACGAUAAUGCCAUAAAGCCAUUAGAGACCAUGUACAAGUACAGAGACUUGAGCAACAGGCAUUUUGGAGAUCCCGAGAUAUUCUCUAAGCCACUAGUGUUAUUUAUGGGACCGUGGAGCGGUGGGAAAUCGUCCAUCGUUAAUUAUCUGCUCGACAUCGAAUACAAGCCAAUGUCAUUGAGAACAGGUGGUUUGAGAGAGUGCUUAGAAGAGCAUUGCAAAUCGCCAAAUGGAAAAAAUGACACAGGAGCCGAGCCGUCACCAGCAUACUUCAACAUAAUAAUGCACGGCGAGGAGGAAGAGGUUCUCGACGGCACCCAGUUAGCUGCCGAUUGGACUUUUUCGGGACUUCAGAAAUUCGGGCAAGGUCUGUUGGAUCGUCUCAGAGGCCUGCGACUUAAUAAUAAGUUGCUAGAGAAGGUGAACAUCGUCGAGAUUCCAGGUAUCUUAGAGAUUCGAAAGCAAGUGCAACGCUUAUUUCCCUUUAACGAUGCGUGCCAGUGGUUCAUCGAUCGAGCGGACAUAAUAUUUUUAGUUUAUGAUCCCGCCAAGUUGGAUGUUGGUCCCGAAACCGAGGCGAUUCUUGAUCAGUUAAAAGGAAGAGAAUAUCAGACUCGUAUUAUCCUCAACAAAGCCGAUCAGGUAAAGCCCGAGGAGCUCAUGAGAGUGCAAGGCGCUCUAAUCUGGAAUAUAUCACCGCUUAUGUCGAGUGCGGAACCACCAAUAAUGUACUCCACAUCAUUAUGGUCGUUACCCUACGAAGCUGGCGCACCCACCAGGUUGCUGUAUGCUCAAGAACGCGCAUUUCUCCGCGACCUACGUUCUGCGAUAGACAAAAGGGUCGAGCAUAAAAUAGCGAGCGCCAGAAGAUUCGCCGUACGAGUGCGCAAUCACGCGAAGAUGGUAGAUUGCUAUCUGACGACGUACUACAAUCACAAGACAUUCUUCGGCAACAAGCGGGAGAUCAGCGACAAGAUCAUUGAGAAUCCGCAGGACUAUCAUAUCUAUGAGGGCCUGAGCACUCUCACUAACAUAUCGCGCUACGAUCUACCGGAUCCAGACGUCUACCGCGACUUCUUCCGUUUGAACCCGCUCUACGACUUCCCGCUGUUGAGCUCCACGUGCACGUACUUCCGUGGCUGUCCGAUCAACAGGCUCGACGUGGCCAUCGCCUAUGAUCUACCCGAGCUGGUGGGAAAUUAUAAGAAGUCAGUGGAGACAGCGCUGCACGAGAGUGAAGGCAACAGCCCAUCGAGUUGAGUGAAAAUCCGCGUUCCGGAACGGAGCUCUUGAUACCAUGUGAAAUACGGACUGACGACAAAGCAACGUUUAUCUCCGCUGGACCGACAAAAGAAACAGCUCAGCCCGUAGCCGAAACGCCUUGGUAGCUUAAAGACAACGCUCGACAACGCUAAGGAACGUAGUCCGAUAUUUGAGAUGGUACCAAGGAUUUUCUCUUCUUGAAACACAGGCAGCUAGAUCUAUCCAUCUAGCGAGUCCCUUGUGUGUCCUUUUAAUAUGUGUGCUCCGAUGAUGAGAAGUCUGUGCGCAAAAAAAAAGCACGACAAUUGCGGCGGAGGGCAUAGAGUCUCGAAGUAUGAAAAUCGAGAGUACUGUCAUUCGAGCGGGCGAGUAAACGCUACCUAAUCUCUAAAUCUGAGUCUCGUCCCUCAUAACGUGACAAUGUGAAAAACAUGAGCACGUGAUGUGGAGUGUGAUAUCACGAGUUCAGUGGUUGGGACACUUCCUCGGUUGCAGAAGAGUAGGUGUAUCGUUUGGUGUCUGGUAAAACAAUGCGAGUGCUACCAUUCCGAUCCAAAAGCGGACAGUGAGAAUUCGAUUUGAAUUUAUGUGUUCAGAUAUCGGUUCCUCUCUUGCUGAAAAUUUAAGGUACCAAUGCAACAGUAGCUUUUUGUCUUACUUUUCUAGGUACUCGAAAGAAUUUAUUAAAAUUUAAUAUUUAAAAAAUCUAAUUUCAACAUAUGAAAGGAAUUUUAACUUCAAAAACUUCUAAUUUUAAAAUUAAAAAUAAUUUCUAACUUUUUUUAUUAAUUUUAUUAAUUUUGACAUUUCAAAUUUUCUUAUUUAUUUAUCUGAUCUUAUAUUUAUGAAAUAUUACUUUAGAGGUAAAAAUUAACUGCCUAUAGAGGUAGAAAUUACCUGCCUAUAAAAUUAAAUUUAUUUUAGGUGAGGUUUCAUUGAUUAAUUAGAUUUCAAUAUAUAAGUUUCUUAAUUAAUCGUUAUUCUAAUUUUAAGAUUAAUUUUCUCGAGCCCUUGAAAACGUAAAUUAAAGUCACUCUUACACCGAGUUCUUAAAUUUUCGCGACAAAUCGACAUCUGCUGAUUAUCUCGGAAGAAUAUAGACUCUCCAGAAUCGAUGUAACGUUGAACAACAAUUUCGUCCGCCAAAUUCCUCUGUACCGGGGAAAUUAAACUAAUUGUACCAAAAUAUUUCCAUUACAAAAAAGAGAUAGAAUGAUCUCUUCUUGUGGCUUUUGUGGAAUACCUUGUAUAAGCUGAUUUUGUGUUCUUAUUAAAAUAUGUCAUUAAAUAAUGAAAAAUAA